ACGAAUAAGUUUGUGUGGAACAGUCGCCAGUAUGAGAGGUCUACUGGUUAACAUUGUGCUAUUUACAAUACUUACAAUAUUUUACUUUGUAGAAGAUCAAGCUGUGGACGGAAAAGAGAUAAAAAACUUGAUUACAUACAUUAAGGAAGAGGAACCUAACUUACAUGUAGACACAACAGAAACACUUAAAGACUCAGACAAAAGUUCAGUCCAUCAUUUGGUAAAAAGAGGAUUCAGGUUAAGAAGGGCAAUCAGACGUAUAUCGCGGUGGGUGCCAAAGGUCGUGUCCUCCGUGGGAAAGGUUUUCAAGAAAACCAUUGGCUUCGUGGGGAAGAUCAUCUGUAUAUUUUUUUGCGGCAGUUCGCAGCCACCAAAUAAUCCACCAUACUUUAAGUCAUGUUCUGGACCCUCGGACCAUCUUUCUCCCAGCGGUCAGACGAGCGUACCUGUUUCAUGGAGUGCACCACGUGCCACUGAUAAGGAGGACGGUCAACUGUCAGCACAGUUAGUGCAAGGUGGUGCCCCAGGCAGCACGUUUGAACGGGGAUCUCAUACCAUCAUAUACAAAGUGUCGGACAGACAGGGGCUCACAGCGUACUGUUAUUUUGAUUUUAAAGUCUCGGUUAUUACAUGUAAUUCCAUCGAAUGGCCUAUCAACGGAUUUGUAAGAUGUGACAAGCCCGAGUAUGUUUAUGGAAGCUACUGUUCUGUUGGUUGUAACCAAGGUUACCAGAUGAUAUCUCCCGCCACGGUAGAUCCUGGUCGUGUCAUGUGCGACAAAACUGUCGACAACAAACCCAUUUUUAAUAAAGUCAUACCAACUUGCGAGGCAAUAACCUGUCCUGCCAAUACAUCAGCGCUUGAGCCAUUAAACGGCGCCCCAGUGUGUACUCACAGCAAUCACAAAUACGACAGUUCCUGUGUAACUCAAUGUGAAAGUGGCUAUAGUUUGACUUCCGGUAUCAUAUUUACAACCUGCCAAGAGGAUAAGACGUGGUCCACUGAUCUUCCUGAUUGUCAAGACAAUGAAUCCCCCAUCCUUUCAAAUUGCCCAACUACCAUAUACGCAUACACCAAUAAAAACAAACAAUCCGCUGUUGUAAACUGGACAGAACCCACGGCAACAGACAAUUCGGGAUCGGCUACUGUGUCACAGACUAGAGGACCAGCCCGUGGUUCGGAUUUCAGACUAGGGCUGACAGAAGUUCGAUACAGAGCCACUGACACGACAGGAAACAAUUCACCAGAGUGCAUUUUCUUUGUAAAUGUGGAAGAAAUUCGUUGUGAUCCACCGCUGAUCGUGGACAAGUACCUGUUUUACCAAUGUCCAGAUGGCUACAGUUACGGAGCUACGUGUCAACUGCAAUGUAUGGGAAGUUUUCCUCUGAUUGGGAACGACACAAUCACGUGUGAAAGGAAUGAUAGCUACGUCCCGCCCCGUGGAUAUUGGGAAAUGGGUGGAACGGAACCAUUUUGCUCCAAGAAUCCUUGUGACAAAUUGCCUGCGCCAGAAAAUGGUGCAAUGGCUUGUGAUACAUGGCUAUUUGGAAUACAAUGUAAGAUGCAGUGUUCUAGUCAGUACGACAUUCCCUUUGGAACAGUCAGCUCUAAUGGAGCCCCCUUUACGGGACUCUUUACAUGUUCCGAAUCCAAAGGAGAAUACUCGCCAUCUAAUACAGUUCCAGGAUGUACUGAGCUAAGAAGACCAGGUAGAACAACAGUACUUGGAGAUUUCUUUUACUACACCGGAGACUGCAAUGACCCCACAGUACUAGAAGAAAUCAAACAGAACUUCAUUAAUAAAAUGCAGUAUUUAGAAAACAAUGGUUUCAAUGGUGUCUGUCCCUCCCAGAUUGAUUGCAACAUUCAAAACACUGUGGUUACCUGUGGAACAAUAACAGGACGUAAAAAGCGCUGGACAGACGUCUUCAUUCGCGAAAAGAGAAGCACACACAAAAUUAGAGUUGAAAUAACAAUGGAGACAACUUGGUUUGAUUUCAACUCCACUGGUGGUGCCACUUUCUAUUUCCUCGAAGAUAUACAGAAGAGCAUUUUUAAUGUAAUAAAAGCGUCUUCGGUGGCAGGUGAUUUGACUGUUAGGGGAUUGUCUCCAGAUAUCAAUAGCUUUGCCUUAGGUUGGAGUGACCCUGAUUGUCCUGAUGGUCAUAUUAUUCGAUGGUCUACUCUAACGUGUGUACCUUGUGGACCCGGUACCUUCCUCGACAAUUCCGAUCCACUUAAUCCGGGAUGCAGAGACUGUCCUUUAGGGAAAUAUAAAGAUAUAGCUGAAGACGUUUCUUGUACGACUUGUCCGGUAGGAACGUUUACAUUGGGUACAGGAUCACGAAACGCUUCGGACUGCAUCGAAAUUUGCAAACCUGGGGCAUUUUCACCAACGGGACUAGAGCCUUGCCACCAGUGUCCACUAUCAACUUAUCAGGAGGGGGAAAUGGCCACUAAUUGUUCUCAGUGUCCACCAGGGACAACAACCGAGUUCUCCGGGGCAACAGGACCAGACAACUGCACACGUUAUGAUAUUCAGUUAAAGAGCCUGGAUGACAGAUACAGUGUAGAUGCCCCUUCAUCACCACAAACAUCGAUCUCAUUAUCAGUAUGGAUACUUGCUCCUACCAAUACAACUAGCCUCACACUAUUCUGUUCACAAUCAGCAAAUUCGAUAAUUAAUAUUACAUACGAUGGUGCCUUAUUCAUCACAAUCAACAGUCUGCAAGUGACAGCUGGAGUGACCCUUCGUUCCCAUAUCUGGUCCCACGUGACAGUACGUAUUGAUUCUUCAGCUCUAACACUGGAUGCGUUCCAAGACGGAAUUCGAUUGUCCCCAAAAUCUAUAGCAUCUUACAUAGCACCUGGGGAAUCCUUACUAGAUUCAACGUCGACGAUAUAUUUUGGUAUCAACGAAAAUUCUAUUAAUGGUUACGUGAUCUCCAAUUACCAAGUUCAAUUCAACUUUCUAUCUGAUGCGGAAGUUGCUUAUCUUGCCGGAGGCUGUAAUACAACGUUGUAUCAGUCUUAUAUUUCCAUGGACACCAUCAUAAACACUGCAAUCUCAUUAAAUUCCAUCGUUAUUCCAAGCCUUUGCGACAAUAUCAACCAGUGUGAUCCGAAUCCUUGCAAUGGACAUCCGUGUACAGAUAAAUUGAAUAACUACACAUGCAACUGUCAGAAUGGAUACCACGGCUUCUGUUCUGUCACGUGCGAUCAUGGUUAUACUUUUGUCGAUGGAAAUGAACCACGCCCCUUUUAUAUUUGUGGACCUAACACGACGUAUAAUUGGGUGGAUGACCAACCACCAGCUUGUGGAAGAGUGAAGAGUCCAAGAAGAAUACGCAUCGUUUCAUCUGUUAGCUAUAAUCCAGAAAUCCCCUGCAUUGAUGCUUCUGCGGUUGCCUUAAAAAUGAAAACACAACUGGAAUCGUCUCUUUCCUGUUCAUUGAAUGGAACAUGUUCUGUUAAAGUGGAAAAUCCAGGUUGUAUGGCAUCAGGUCGUCGGAAGAGAUCUACAUCCGGGGAACAGACUAUAACUUUGUCACAGACAUUCAUCUCCGGGGAUAAUCUGAAUUUAGAAAUGUUUUACUCUACAAAUAACUUGAGCGAGCCAUUGUAUGAUUUACUUCUCGGAAUCUAUGAACUGGAAGCAUCAGCUCUUGAGAUCAACAGCAGCCACAGUUUUCUGCAGUUUGAACUCAACGGCGUGAACUACACAUCUGAAGCUGUGACUACAUCUUCCUUCGUUGAAUGCCCGGACGGUCAAGGCAGAAGCGAGGCUCUUUGUGCCGAUUGUCCCAUGGGUACAUACUCACUAUCCAGUCAAUGCAUCCUGUGUCCAAUUGGAACAUACCAAGAUGAAACUGAACAAACGUUCUGUAAGCCCUGCCCCAGUGGAUUUACUACCAACAUCGAAGGGAGCAAAAAUAUAUCUGAUUGUUCAGUUGAAACUUCAACCACGAUAACAAGUACAACAAAUUCCACUGACCCUAGUCCUUGGACUUCAACAUACACAACAUCUGAUAUAACAGAGACUGGGACAUCCCAGGAAACAUCAGCCAUUACUGAACAGAUGACUACCUCUUCACAUCACCCAGUGUCUUUUUCUUCUACCACCCUCAACACACAGGAACUAGAUCAGUAUACAAUGAAAGUCGAUCUCCUUCUGGCUGCAGCACUUCCUGUUCUGAUUGUGUUUCUGGUCGUUUUUAGCGUAGUAUCCUCUAUCCUCAUUUACAGAAAAAUCGCAAGACAGCGAGCACGGUCACCCGUGGCACGAAGUUGGGCGAGCUUGAAUAUGAUCACUCCGCACUGUGUACAAACACCACCGCCCGUGUUUCAAGACCCGAUUCCCAGUAAUAAAAAGUUUGAUAAACUGUCCAUAUCGGAUAUCUAUUAAGUCAGUGCAAUAUUGUAUCAAAUUUAUAUCGCUGUUUCAUCUUUUUGUGUAAUCAUCACACGCAAUAAAUAAACUCCACAUUUUAUGAGACAUAGGACUUGCAUUCGUGGAUAUGAAUUGUAAUGAUUGUAUACGUAUAUUCUUGUGUCUGGAAAUCAUUUGUGUAGUGGUGUGAAACGUAUAGAUAUAUGUGGAAUAUCAUAUGGUAUUAAACCUUUGGUUGACAGUGCCAACAUCAGUUGCCCAUCGGGGAUUAUUUAGAAUAGUAUAAAAGACAGUUAAUAUUGUACAAUGUACAUGUGCAUGUAUAUAUUAAAACUUUUAACUGAUA